GGCCACUCCAGCGAGGUGAUCAGCCCCGAGAUCCUCAAGAUGCGGGCAGCUCUUUUCUGCAUCUUCACCUACCUGGACACCAAGACCCUGCUGCGGGCGGCCGAGGUGUGCAAGGACUGGAAGUUCGUGGCCCGGCACCCAGCCGUGUGGACGCGGGGGGUGGUUGCGAUGUCCUCCAAGUUCCUGGCCAUGCUGUCUCAGUGGUGCACCCAGAUGCACUCCCUCACCCUCCAAAACCUCAAGCCGCGCCAGCGAGGGAAGAAGGAGAGCAAGGAAGACUACAUGAAGAGCACGCGGGGCUGCUUGGAAGCCGGGCUGGAGUCCCUGCUGAAGGCGACGGGCAGCAACCUGCUCAUCCUCCGCAUCUCGCACUGCCCCAACGUGCUGACGGAUCGCUCGCUCUGGCUGGCCAGCUGCUACUGCCGGGCCCUGCAGGCUGUCACGUACCGGAGCUCUACGGACCCCGUGGGUCAUGAAGUCAUCUGGGCCCUUGGAGCAGGUUGCAGGGACAUCAUCUCCCUCCAGGUCGCACCUCUGCAUCCGUGCCAGCAGCCGACGCGUUUCAGCAACCGUUGCCUUCAGAUGAUCGGCCGGUGCUGGCCGCACCUGCGGGCACUGGGCGUUGGAGGGGCAGGCUGCGGCGUCCAGGGACUGGCAUCCUUAGCCCGAAACUGCAUGCGGCUUCAGGUCCUGGAGCUAGACCACGUGGCAGAGAUCAACCAGGAGGUUGCAGCGGAGAUGUGUCGAGAGGGGCUGAAGGGGCUGGAGAUGCUAGUGCUGACCUCCACGCCGGUCACCCCCAAAGCCUUGCUGCACUUCAACAGUGUGUGCCGGAACCUGAAGUCCAUCGUUGUGCAGGUGGGCAUUGUGGACUACUUCAAGGAGCCCCACAGCCCUGAAGCCAAGAAGAUGUUUGAAGAAAUGGUAAACAAACUCCAGGCCCUGAGGAAGAGACCCGGCUUCUCCAAGAUUUUACACAUCAAAGUGGAAGGAGGCUGUUAG